AUAUGUCAAAUGAACAUGGACCCAUAUGAAACGUCAGCACAGUGAGUGUAGUAGCAGUUUACGUAUUGAUGUUAGCGAGCUAGCCUAGUAAAAUACAGUCCAGACAUAGAAAUACAUUUGUCGUAAAGCAGUAUAUUUGUAGAGUUAUUACAUUGGGAAACGGUAGAGUUUAUAUUCGUUGCAGAUAAUACGUUUAACGCAAUGGACUUCACUUGGAUUUUUUUACUUUCUCGAAGUUCAUACGAUUGAAAGAGGAAUGACAAUGACAGUUCCCUUGCCUGUGAGAGGAGGCUACACUGGAAUACAGUUGUUCUGUGACCAAAACAAGGGACCUUGAAGGACCACAGCCCGUGUGACAGAGGACUUGCAUUCAUUGUGAAGCUUUUGGGGAGAGUAGCAGGCAGUACACUUGUGUAAAGAAACACUAAGGCAAGGUGGAGAUGUUUGCCAAACUGAAAAAGAAGAUAGCUGAGGAGGCAGCCACAGCCCCCCGGACCGGAGUCCGCAUGCCUCGGUCCUAUAGCAAAGAGUCCAUUACGUCAGUGGGGGCAGACUCGGGGGAUGAUUUUGCCUCUGAUGGCAGUAGCUCCAGGGACGACCUCUCCUCCCAGAUCCUCAGAAGGAAUGAUCAGAUUCGCAAGCUGGAGGCCAAACUAUCAGACUACGCUGAGCAGCUCCGACUUAUGCAGAAGACCAAGGACAAGCUUGAAAUUGCAUUAGAAAAACAUCAGGAUUCCUCCAUGAGGAAACUGCAGGACCAGAAUGAGACUCACCAGGCCAAUAGAGCCAAAAUGGCCGAAGGCAUGGCUUUGGCACUGGACAAGAAGGAUCAGGAAUGGAUGGAAAGGAUAUCUACGCUGGAGCAGGAGAAAGCGUCUCUGUCUGUGAGGCUAGAUGAGAUGAUGGAGCAGAGCCUUACUCUGUUCCAGAAGAGGGAUGACCUGGACGAGCUGGAGGGCUUCCAGCAGCAGGAGCUCGCCAAAGUCAAACACAUGUUACUGAGUAAGGAGGAGCAGCUGGUCCAGCAGGAGCGAGUGCUCCAGCAGAAGGGUGCCGAGCUGCAGAUGGCCAAGAAGGGUCUGGCCGAAGCCCAGGAGCAGCUGCGUGUUCUGGGAGAGGAGCAUCAGGAAAGUUGCAGGCUCAACACAGAGCAGGAGAUGGAGAGAGAGGAGCUGCUGGAGGUCAGGGAGGAGGCUGAGAAGAAGAUUACUGAGCUGGAGGGCAGAGGCCAGAACCUGCAGAAGGUCAUCCAACAGGUAUCUGAAGACUUCCAGAAGUCGCGGAGCGCGGCAGCAGCUGUAGAGAAGUCUCUCCGUACAUUACAAAUGGAAAACAAUGCCCUGAAGCUGCAGCAACACAAAGCUGCAGUGACUGAUGAGGACAAGGAGCGUGUGCUGCUGGACCUGCAGGAGAAGAUCUCCUCUCUGGAGAGACGUCUGCAUGGUAACCUGAGUGAAGACGAGCUCCUCCAGGAGCUUCUCAAAGAGAAGUCCACUCUGGAGCAGAGGCUGGAGGACACGAGAGUUGAGCUGCUGGAGGCACGCACCAACCAUGCAGACACGGUUAGCUCUUUGGAGACUCAGAUAUCCAGUCUCAACAACAAUGUGACUGAACUACAGACCCUGCUACGACACAAGGACGACUCUUCCAAGAACUACAGAGAGAGAACGGACGCACAGAUAGCAGGUCUGGAACAGCAGGUGCAGGAGAGCAAUGAGAGGCUCAAGAACACUGAGCAGCAGAUCUCUGACAAACAAGCACAUCUAGACAAACUGCAGGCAGAGUGGAGUGUGGAGAGAGACAGUCUGCAGCAGCAGGUGUCUGCAGAGCGGCAACAGGGCCAGGAGAGGGCAGGUCGGCUGGAGGAGCAGCUCACUGCACUGCAGACAGAGAGAGACACCGAACACACCUCUGCCCAAGCCAGGAUUAGUGAGUUGGAGCAAGAGAGAGCAUCUCUGCUGAGGGGGAGGGAUAAAGCUGAUGUUGCUCUGAGGAGGCAGGCAGAGGGGCUGGAGCAGGCCAGGUCAGAGCUGAGCAGCAGGCAGACAGUGAGUGUGGAGAUAGCCAUGGCUCUGGAGGACACCAGGAGACAGAAGGAGGUGCUCCAACUACAGGUAGGAGAGAUGAUGGCGUCACUUCAAACAACAUCGCAGGAACUGGCCCACGUCACUGAGCAGCUGAAGCGGAAAGAAGAGGAACUCCAAACACUUCGCAAUGAGCUGCAGAGUGCCCAGAGCUCCCUGUCCCAGCUGCAAGAGGAGACAGAGGGGCUGCAGGCAGCAGCCCAGGAGAGGCAGGAGGAGAAGGACAGCCAGCUGGUCAGCUUGAGGCAGGAACUCCUAACCCAGAAUGAGCAGUUGGACUCCUGCCAGUUACGGGUAUCGGAGCUAGAGGUAGAGACUCUGACGUUGCAGCAGACUCCAGAGCUGUGUGAACUGGACCAGAAUGGGACUGUGACGGUGGAUGACCUGGACCACAUGCAGAAGGCCAACCGAGACCUGGAGCAGCAGCUCAGUGACAAGAACAAGACCAUUAAGCAGCUGCAGCAGAGACUAGCAGAGCUAAAGAGGACCUUGCAGAAGGAGCUGAAGCUGAAACCUGAAACAGAGUCCGAUGGGAAAGAGAGGGCCCAAGAAGGGAGAGAAGAGAGGCCAGACAGAAUCUUUACAGAGCUCACUCUAGGCCCGGCCCCGGGCCCAAACACCACUGUCACCAACACAUCUGAUCUCAAUGACUCACGAGAGAUCAACUUUGAGUACCUCAAACACGUGGUGCUAAAAUUCAUGUCAUCCAGAGAGGCUGAGGCCUAUCAGCUGAUCAGAGCAGUGUCUGUGUUGCUGAACUUCACUGGUGAGGAAGAAGACAUGUUGAAGCAGACUCUGGAGUACAAGAUGUCCUGGUUUGGAUCCAAGCCUUCUCUGAAAGGUAUUGUCCGGCCAUCAGUUUCAGGGGCACCUGCUCACUGGAGCUGAGGGGACUGAGAGAGGAAGAGAGGACAGACACACACACACAUUACUUUUAUCAUGCGUUUGCAUGACUUCUCCCACCACUGUGGCAACCAAAUGAACACUGUAAAGAGAACACAACCCAAGCUUUAAAAUGGUUUCUGACAUGACACAGAUUCCUAUGUACUGUAGCUCCUCAAUCUCUCCUGAUCAUUUUUUUCCCUUAAUCUUCAAGAGAAAAGAGAAUGGUUCUACAAUGACUUAGAAGGGCAAAGUCUUGUUAAUGUGGUCUGUUUUGGGGUUUUUUUGGGGGGGGGGUGAUUUUGAUUUAGAAGUAAAAUGGUUAAAGCAGACAUGGUGUUGACCCAUUUGAUAAAUGUUAACCUUAAGAGAAACCCUCCUCCCUCCCCUUGGAAUGAGGUUAACAUUAGAUCUAGCUCUGUCAUGGACACAGUACAAGUACACUACAUUACCAAAAGUAUGUGGACAUCUGCUUGUCUAACAUGCCAUUUUUUUAUAUAUUUUUUUAUUUCACCUUUAUUUAACCAGGUAGGCUAGUUGAGAACAAG